GUAAGUCCACUGCACCGACGGUUUCAUCCAACUACCGCGCUCGCUCGCACUCCCCUUUUCUUUAGUGAGCUGCCGUGCAGCUCCGCCACCCACAUCAAAGCGAGCUCACCCCAUCUCCUCCUCCCUCCCUCCUCCCCUGCUCGCCACUCUGCUCCGCUCCGCUCAAGCAAGCAGACCCAAGCAGCAGCAGAGCGCCGGAGGGACGCCAGGAUGCACGCCAAGACGGACUCGGAGGUGACGAGCCUGGCGCCCUCCUCCCCGGCGCGCUCCCCGCCGCGGGCGGCCGCCAACAACGCCGGCUCGGGCGGGGGCGGCGGGGGGGUGAUGCGCGGCUCGGUGUACUACGUGCAGAGCCCGUCGCGGGACUCGCACGACGGGGAGACCACCACCAAGGGGGCCACGUCGGUGCACUCCACGCCCGCGCUCAGCCCCAUGGCCUCGCCCCGCCACUCCCACUCCUCCGUCGGCCGCGACUCCUCCUCCAGCCGCUUCUCCCGCGGCGGCGCCCACCACAAGGACAAGUCGGCUGGCCGCAAGGGCGCGCCGCCGGGCAAGGGGUGGCAGGAGAUCGGGGUCAUCGAGGAGGAGGGGCUGCUCGACGAGGAGGACCAGCGCCGCCCCAUGCCCAAGCGCUGCAAGUACUGCCUCAUCUUCGUCGGCGGCUUCGCGGUGCUCUUCACCUUCUUCGCCCUCGUGCUCUGGGGCGCCAGCCGCUCCCAGAAGCCGCAGAUCGCCAUGAAGAGCAUCACGUUCGAGAACUUCAUCAUCCAGGCGGGCACGGACGCGUCGCUGGUGCCGACGGACAUGGCCACCACCAACGCCACCGUCAAGUUCACCUACAAGAACACCGGCACCUUCUUCGGCAUCCACGUCACCGCCGACCCCUUCACGCUCUCCUACUCCCAGCUCAACCUCGCCGCCGGAGACCUCAAGAAGUUCUACCAGGGGCGGAGCGGGCGGCGGACGGCGAGCGUGAACGUGAAGGGGAACAAGGUGCCGCUGUACGGCAGCGGGCCGACGCUGAUGGCGCAGCCGGCGGGGGGCAAGGGCGGCGCCGGCAAGGUGAUCCCGGUGCCGAUGGUGCUGCGGACGACGGUGCGGUCGCAGGCGUACGUGCUGGGGGCGCUGGUGAAGCCCCGGUUCACCAAGGAGGUGGAGUGCAAGGUGGUGAUGAACCCCUACAAGCUCAACAAGCCCGUCUCGCUGGAGAAGGCCUGCAAAUACUCAUGAUUUGCUCACUCAUGAUCCGUCCAUGGUUGGUUGAUUGAUCGGUUGAUUGAGUAAUCGGAUCAAUUGGUUGAUCGGUUGAUGAGUAAAUUGUUGUUCUUCUUCUUUUGCUCUGUGCAUUUUUCUCACGUAUGGCCUCGCUCCUCUUCUUUUUGUGUAUCUAUAUAUAUAUAUAUGUUGCCACUAUAAAUUAUUAGGUUUUGUAUCGCCGUGGUGGCUGUGACAGUGAUGGACCAACUACUCAGUGGAGUGAUUCUUUU